AUGCCUCCCAAACGCAAAGCAACAUCGAGGACGCCCUCAGACGCCCCUGCACCUAAAAAGACAGCCUUUGAUGCCUUGCAACCAUCCGUCAAGUCCACCAUCAAACCCGAGCCAGAGACCAAGAUCAAAUCCGAGAAUGCACCAGACUACGAAGACCAGAAUCGCGAAAUCCAGGAAGAAAAGUAUGGAGUCAUUCAACGAGAGUUUUAUCCACCUGAGAUGUCGAACGAGCGCUGUGCUCGCUACAAUGCCAACGAGAUCCCACGACCCAUUGAGGUGCUUACCCAGGCUGUUCAGAAGACGGCUUUUGAGCGCAAGAAGAUUGAGGUUGGAGAUGCUGUUGUACACUGGUUCAAACGUGAUCUUCGCACAAAAGACAACCGUGCUCUACAUCUGGCAAGCGAAAAGGCGAAAUCAAAGGGUGUGCCAUUGGUCUGCUUGUUCAUUGUCAGUCCUCAGGAUUACCAGGCUCACUUGACCGCAUCCGUUCGUGUUGAUUUUGAGCUCAGAACCUUGCAAGUCCUUAAGGAAGAUCUGGCCAAGAAGGAUAUUCCUCUGUAUGUCGAAACAGUUGAGAUACGGAAGAAAGUUCCAGGACGCAUUAUCGAGCUAUGCCAGAAGUGGGGGGCUAACCACAUCUUUUGCAACACGGAGUACGAAGUCGACGAGCUUCGGAGAGAAGCAAGCUUGACAACGUCGUGUCUUGAGAAAGGCAUUGACUUCCACACAGUUCACGACGAUGUCAUUGUUCCACCCGGCGAUCUCACAACUGGGCAAGGUAAACAGUUCUCGGUCUACACUCCUUGGUACAAAGCUUGGAUUCGGCACAUUCACGCAAAUCCGACCAUACUGGACGAAUUCGCUUCUCCAGAUCAGAAUCCUGGGUCAGCGCGUGAGAAGUACGCAAACUUGUUUGAAUCGGCAAUACCUUCGGCCCCUGAGAACAAGAAGCUCAGCGAAGAAGAAAAAGCGCGGUUCGAAUCAUUGUGGCCGCCGGGUGAACACGAAGCUCUCGAGCGCCUCAAAAAGUUCCUGGAGAAGAAAAUCAACAAAUACAAAGAUGCGAGAAACCUGCCAGCUGCGAACAGUACCGGCGUUAUAUCUGUACAUCUUUCAACUGGAACUCUUUCUGCAAGAACAGCCGUUAGAAGUGCUCGCGACGCCAACACAUCCACAAAACUGGAUGCUGGUAAUGAGGGUAUCAAGACAUGGAUCUCCGAGGUCGCCUGGCGAGAUUUCUACAAACAUGUGCUAGCCCACUGGCCUUACGUCUGUAUGUCAAAGCCCUUCAAGUACGAAUACACCAAAGUCAGGUGGGAGUACAACGACGAGCACUUUACUCGUUGGUGUGAAGGCAGAACAGGUUUCCCCAUCGUCGAUGCGGCUAUGCGUCAGAUAAUUUCCAUGGGAUAUUGUCACAAUCGCACCAGAAUGAUUGUUGCCAGUUUCCUCGCCAAAGACUUGUUGCUUGAUUGGCGCAUGGGUGAGAGAUAUUUCAUGGAACAUCUGAUCGACGGAGAUUUUGCGAGCAACAACGGUGGCUGGGGCUUUGCUGCAUCUACAGGUGUAGACCCACAGCCUUAUUUCCGUGUCUUUAACCCGCUGCUGCAGAGUGAGAAAUUUGACGAACAAGGCGAGUAUAUUAGAAAGUGGUUGCCGGAAUUAAAGAACAUCAAAGGAAAAGCAAUUCACGACCCUUAUGGCAGAGGAGCAGCAAAGGAAGCCGAGAAAGCGGGAUAUCCCAAACCAAUGGUUGACCACAAGGUCUGCAGGGACCGAUGUCUUGCACGAUACAAGGAAGGUUUAGGCAGGAAUACUGCUUGA